AGCUCCUCCUCCAUACGGAUCAUGGUCGUACCUUGCUCAUCACGCUAACGCAAUAUUUAACCCGAAUCUAUUGAAUUUAGAAGAGACCUCCCGACAAACAGCUCCAAUUUCCCUCUUGUUUUCCUUGGAAACGAAUCGGGUCGUAAAUGAAGCUUUUGUUUGCAAGGGCCGUGCAUGCAAUGAGCCUGUGUGCUCUCUUUGCUGUGCUUGGAUUCUGUGCCGCCCUUCACCCUGGUAAACAAGAGGAGGAGGAUUAUGAGGAUGUCCCCAUUAACAAGACGUGGGUCUUAUCUCCAAAGGUCUAUGAAAGUGAUGUGACAAUGAUACUUAAUAAACUUCUGCAAGGCUAUGACAACAAACUACGACCUGAUAUCGGGGUGCGGCCAACUGUGAUUGAAACAGCAGUGUAUGUCAACAGCAUUGGACCAGUCGACCCUAUCAACAUGGAAUACACCAUUGACAUCUUCUUUGCCCAGACAUGGUACGACGGCAGACUGAAGUUCAACAGCUCAAUGAAGCUACUUAUGCUCAACAGCAACAUGGUAGGCAAAAUCUGGAUUCCUGACACAUUCUUCAGAAAUUCCAGAAAAUCAGACGCCCACUGGAUCACCACACCAAACCGCCUUCUGAGGCUGUGGAGCAAUGGUAGAGUGAUGUACACACUGAGGUUGACAAUUAAUGCGGAGUGUUACCUUAAGCUGCAUAACUUUCCAAUGGAUGAGCACUCGUGUCCGCUGGAGUUUUCAAGCUAUGGUUACCCUCGGAAUGAGAUUUCAUACCGGUGGCAAAGACGAGCAGUGGAGGUAGCGGAACAGCGAUAUUGGAGACUUUACCAGUUUGCAUUUGUAGGGAUGAGAAACACUUCGGAUGUGGCACACACCCAGUCAGGGGAGUAUGUCAUCAUGACGAUCUUUUUUGACCUGAGUCGGAGAAUGGGCUAUUUCACCAUCCAGACCUACAUUCCAUGCAGUAUGAUUGUGGUCCUGUCCUGGGUCUCUUUUUGGAUUAACAAGGAUGCUGUCCCUGCUCGCACAUCUUUAGGUAUCACCACAGUGCUUACCAUGACAACUCUGAGCACCAUUUCCAGAAAGUCCCUCCCUAAGGUGUCGUAUGUCACAGCUAUGGACCUGUUUGUCUCUGUCUGCUUCAUCUUCACCUUUGCUGCUCUGAUGGAGUACGGAACGCUGCAUUACUUCACCAGCAACAGACAGAGCAAAAAGUCUAAAGCCAAGAGUAAUGCACAUCACAAGCCAUCUAGAAUGGCAUCUAGUAUCAAUAUCCGCCCUGGACCAUCCCUGCUGCAAAUGAACAACAUUAUGCACGAUGAUGAGGAUGACUUUGCCUACGAGUGUUUGGAUGGAAAAGACUGUACAAGCUUCUUCUGCUGCUUUGAUGACUGUCGCUCAGGUGCCUGGCGAGAAAACAAGAUGCAUGUGCGAGUGAGUAAGAUUGAUUCUUACUCACGAAUAUUUUUCCCAACAGCUUUUGGCCUUUUUAAUUUGGUUUAUUGGAUAGGCUAUCUUUAUCUAUAAAACCAGUCCCCCCAAGGAAGGGUGCUUGGAGUUUUUUUAUGGCCUCAUAUUUUCCAGGAAAUGGGCUAUUCUGACAGUAGUAAUAUUGUUCCCCUUGCAAACGCAUACUGUAAAAUAACAACUAAAAACUGCCUCAUUUGUUGAUUAUAAAACGUACUCUUGUGCCGGGUUUUGUCUGCUUUGUUAUGGUUAUUUGUUGAUGAUGUCCUACAUUAUGGCGAAUGAAAUCAAAGACAGGUUCACACAAAAUUUGUCUUUUCUCAAAGUUGGACAUCAGAAUGAUUGACAGCUUAUUUUGAAUGGAAAGUCGCACACAUGAAAGGACCUGUCAUUGGAACUGAAUUACCAUAUUACUUUGAAUACAUACUGUACAGUGGUAACCUCUACUUACGAACGUCUCUUCAUACGAAAUGUUCAAGUUACGAAAUAUCUCA